UCCAACAUAGUCGUUAAUCCUACAUAAUCAUAUUGGAUUAACAGGACUUGACUGUAUUGUACAUUUGUGAAAAUUCGAUAGUGGGGGUCACGGUUGGCCCAGUCGCCUAAGGCGCCACAACUUCCUAUUACAUCCCUUUCCUGCCUGGAACCACUGGUCAUGUGAUUGAAUCCCAGUAUCAUCCUGAAUAUGUUCUGUUAGAACCAGAACCAUGCUCGUGUGUUUCAAUAAAGUGGCAAACAUUGGAACCUGCACGACUUUAAGCUUUCCUCCCACAUCAAGUUGACCACACUGAUAUGAAUGUUACCCUGUUGAAAUGGCUUUAAAGCCCACUCACUCACCAUGCUCCCUGUGAAUGUCUAGGGAAAUAUCUUUUAAUUUUAGGAUAAACUUUAUUUCUAUGUGUAUUUGAGUUGAUAAAUAUACAUAUUUACUGUAGGGUCUACUAUCAUGCGAUUAACCAGAUAUCUCUCUUGUAAGAUCCAACUUUCUCCAUUUUUAGAUGCCACUAACUCGGAGGUCACAAGAUAGUGACUCUGUCACACCUCAUCAAGAUGCUGUUGAGCACUGUAUGACCGGAGUGGACAAAGAAGACUUCACUGUUCGCUUUAUUAGCCAAUAUAAAGGACAAGGCGUGUUUACAACAAAACACUUCCAGAGGGGUGACUUUCUGUUGGAGUACAUAGGGCAAACCUUGUCUGCUGUUGAGGGGGAAGAGCGCUUGACUGGGCCUGAUGUGGGCAGUUUCUUAUUUUUUGUGAACAAGAAUUUGUGUAUUCAUGCAACUGACAGCAGAUGCUAUGGUAAAUUUGUGAAUGACAGCAUGACAAAAAGGAGAGCCAAUGCCUUAAUGAAGCCCCUUCACCUUCGAGACAAAACACAUUUGUGUUUGUUUGCCAAGAGGGAUAUUUCACCAAAUGAAGAAGUCACAUACUAUUAUGGACCCACAGAUGAACAGAUGUACUGGAGAUUGGGCAAACAGCCAGAACAGUUUUAUAACGCAGAAACCCCCGACAGACCUCCUGUUAAAAGACCACCGAUCAGUCCAGUUUAUACGUCCAUCGGUACUUCAGGAGAGACCCCCGACAGACCUCCAGUUGAAAGACCACCAAUCAGUCCAGUUCAUACGUCCAUCGGUACUUCAGGAGAGACCCCAGACAGACCUGUUGAAAGACCACAAAUCAGUCCAGUUCAUACGUCCAUCGGUACUUCAGGAGAGACCCCCGACAGACCUGUUGAAAGACCACCGAUCAGUCCAGUUCAUACGUCCAUCGGUACUUCAGGAGAGACCCCCGACAGACCUGUUGAAAGACCACCGAUCAGUCCAGUUCAUACGUCCAUCGGUACUUCAGGAGAGACCCCCGACAGACCUGUUGAAAGACCAACGAUCAGUCCAGUUCAUACGUCCAUCGGUACUUCAGUAGAAACCCCCGACAGACCUGUUGAAAGACCACCGAUCAGUCCAGUUCAUACGUCCAUCGGUACUACAGUAGAAACCCCAGACAGACCUGUUGAAAGACCACCAAUCAGUCCAGUUCAUACGUCCAUCGGUACUUCAGUAGAAACCCCAGACAGACCUGUUGAAAGACCACCAAUCAGUCCAGUUCAUACAUCCAUCGGUACUUCAGUAGAAACCCCAGACAGACCUGUUGAAAGACCACCAAUCAGUCCAGUUCAUACGUCCAUCGGUACUUCAGGAGAGACCCCCGACAGACCUGUUGAAAGACCACCGAUCACUCCAGUUCAUACGUCCAUUGGUACUACAGUAGAAACCCCAGACAGACCUAUUGAAAGACCACCGAUCAGUCCAGUUCAUACCUCUAUCGGUACUUCAGUAUGCUGUUCUGCAUCACUCAACCUGCUUCAAGACGCAGCCAGACCAGGUCUUAUUGACACACAAACUUCUGACAUGGGCGAGGCAUCUCCAGUGGUUCAUACCACUAUCCAGCCUUCUUUAUGCUGUUUGGAGGCAUGUUCAGAGUCUUCAGAUUCUGAUGUCAUCACACGAAACAUAAGGAAGACUAUACCUUUGAUACAGUCUGCUAGUGAAACUUGCAUUUCCAAUUCUAUGUCUGAAGACGAUGAUUUGUCUGAUGUGUUUCUGUUACAUGCUCAGCCUAUGCCAAAUAGCAAGCAGGAGGUUUGUGUGAGUAUUGCAGACAGUACAACAGACACUAAAGUCAAUUCAAACCCCAAACAGUGUGUGACUGUGUCAAAAUCCACAAACACUUCAACUAAACGUGUUUGGGAUAAAGUGAGUGCAUGUGUGUAUUGCCAAAGAGUCUAUGCUAAGUUACCACAACACAUGGAACAAAAACAUAAGGAUGAAAUUGAAAUUGCUGCCAUCUUAAGUUUCCCACCGAAAUCUGCAGAGCGCAAGUUAAAAUGGCAGAACAUCAGAAACAGGGGCAACUUUCACCAUAACACAGACGUUUUAGUCAGUGGCCAGGGGAGUAUUAUACCAUUGAAACGCCCUCCAGCAGAUAGUAAUGUUAGUGCCUGGGAUUAUCUGCCUUGUGAAAACUGUUUUGCAUUUCUACACAAAAAAGACCUUUGGAGACAUGCAAAUACAAAGCUAAUCAAGGUGGAAAAGGGUCUUUUGGACGAUGGCAUCAAGCAGCAAGUAGUGCAUUGUUGCCCGUUUCGAUAGAGGCAAAUGCUGUGUUCAAACAAAACAUACUAGAUUCCAUGACAUAUGAUUCUGUAUCCAUUGUUGUAAGGAAUGAUGACUUAAUUGUUCAGUUUGGAUCCAGACUUUUCAGUACAUGUACAAACAAUUCUCAUCACUAUCCGUAUGUGAGGCAGAAAAUGAGAGAGUUGGGAAGAUUCUUGCUGAAAAUGCGGGAGAUUAAUGAAGCAGUUACUGGACUUUCUGACUGUAUGAAACCCACAAUGUUCAAGGAUGUUGUUAAAGCUGUGCAACACACUUCGAAGUUCAAUGCAGAAAAGGGCUCUUAUGACAUACCAUCAUUGGCCUUGAAACUAGGACACUCCCUAAAAAAGUGUGCCAAGAUUGUUAAAGCGUCAGCUCUAAUUGUAGAUGACAAGAUGAAAAGAAAGGAGGCAGAGGGUUUCUUUGACCUGUGUGAAAGUGAAUGGAACAGUGCUGUUUCUAGCUUAGCUUUGCAGACUCUGCAUGUAAGGAAGUUUAACAAUCCAAAGAGAAUACCCCUAGCAGAAGAUGUCAAGAAGGCCAACCAAUUUCUAAAGGAGAAAGAGGCAGUAGAGACUGAGGUUGAUGAGACACAGGACAUGGACAUUGAGCAUGUUGAGGACUUUAAAACACCUGUCCCAGAGAGUGACAGUACUGCAAGUGGUGGCACACCUACCCAAGAGUGGAGAGGUACUGGUACAACAUGUGCAACAAGAAAAAAGAAACGAGUCUAUCAAGCUGUAAAGCGACAAAAAUGGUCAAAAGAAGAGAGAGAAGCUAUUGAAAGACAAUUGGGAAAAUUCUACUUUUUGAAAUCACUGCCAGGAAAACUUGACUGUGAAAUGGCAAGGCAAAACGAACCUGUUCUCCUGCAACGGCCUUGGAAGCAGAUUAAGUAUUACAUAAAGAAUCACAAGUAAAUGUGUCAAACUGUUUGUCCCUGACAGUUUACGUUGUAAUUAUGAAGCUCACUUUGACUCAGAAAAAGGUCUUUAGCAACAGUAAUGUCAUUAUCAUUGUCUGCUUUGUGAGGUUACAGUCCUUACUUUUAGACAUCAAAGUGAGCUUGGGUUUUGUUAUGGCCCUUUGUCCGUCUAUCCGUCUGUAAACUGUUCACUAAACUUCUUCGCACUAACUACAUGGUAUAUGUUGCUGGGCAACAAUGAAGUGUGUUUUUUAUUGUCCUCUCAUGUUGCAGUACAUUGUAAACUCAAUUUUCAUUGGCCAAGGUAUGUGUAACCACCAACCAAUAAAUCAUUUACAAUUACUGAAUUGUAAACAUGGGAGUACUGUUUUACAGCAAUAAAACUAUUUGUGUUCAGUUUAUGAGCAAACCCGGGCUGUUUUUGAUGAUAUUUAUUUAUUAUUUAUUUAUAUAGCUUGGACCAAAGAGUUACUUUUACCAAAUUUUAACAAAAUGUUAUAGUUAUAUUUGGAAUAUUACCUUCUCUUUAAAGGACAUAUUAUAUGACUUCUUCUAGGGUUGCAUCAAACCUGGGGUUCACACCCACAGUACUCAAAGUUCAGCAACUGGAACACUUAAACCAGUCUUAUAGAUGUAAUUAGCACGGAUGGGACACGACCCCUAUUACAACAUAUAUGCUAGAAUCUCUACAGAUGUUUAUGAUAAAGUGGAAGCUUGCAAGAAAAGGACCUGGCGAGUUAGGCAGGGGAUAUAGAAACACGUUUAUUUGUCUGAAGUUGCUAUUGCUUUCACAGAAAUGUAAAUUCUGCAAUUCUGUAACUCUGUGCUAAAUUCGUCUGGGACUGAACUACUGUGUGUAUCACUAUGAUCAUUUGGGUACAUGUUCUCGGCGUAACUAGCUACAGUAAAGUAGGGGGCGGUCGGGUAGCCUAGUGGUUUAAGCGUUUGCUCGUCACGCCAAAGACCUGGGUUCGAUACCCGACAUGGGUAAAAUGUGUGAAGCCCAUUUCUGGUUUCCCCCACCGUGAUAUUGCUGGAAUAUUGCUAAAAGCGGCGUAAAACCGUAUCCACUCACUCACUCUCUACAGUAAAGUAGGGUUUUCGAUUUGAAAAAUUCAAAAUGUCCACUAUGGCAACAGUCAUAAAUAUGAAGUAUAGCCUGCAAACUCCAAAACUACUGCAUAUAUUAUGUUUUUUCCUAUUUUAGGAAUAUAUUCAUGAUCAAACUUCUGGUACAUGUAUUUUCUUUAAAAACAAUCAUGACAGAUUACGAAUAAUUCAUCAUGUUAAAAGGUCAAAGGAUAUUUCACUUCAGAUUCAGAUGAGGUGGACACCAUGAAAAACAAGGUGAUUGCUGUAGCUAGUAGGUGUAUUGUUGAAUUUUAAUGAUGCUGUGUACCAAGCUUCACUGACAGGACAUGAUUGUUUAUUUUUAGUCCCUUAACCAUGUUAACAGUAUUAAUUUUUAAAACUUAACCAAUUUCGAAUUGGAUCAUCUUCCUUCAAUUAAAUCUAGUUACAGCAUUGAGUCUGAAUUUUUAUAAAAUAAAGGUGAGCAUCAGUGCCCCAGUUACUAUUAUUUAGCAGUUAUUACAGAUAAUUUUGUGAAGUAAGGCAUAUCCCUUCAUUUUGCAAGAAACCCAAUAAGGUGGACAAGUCCAUUUCCCACUGAAUGGAGUUUGAUGAGUGUCCUGAUUUCAUUAAAUCUGUUUCAUCUGCAUUUCUUCAAGCCAUUAUCUUAUAUUAUGUUUGCUUAUAUGUCAAGUACAUACAAAUAUGAGGAGAAUUGGCAUAAGACAUGCUUUAGAGCAAAUGGCUCUUUUGGUUUUGCCACUUCGUCUGAUGUAUCUUGUUACGUUUAUCAUUGUUUAUGAUAAUGAGUUUAAUUUGAAUUUUAUUGAUGAUUUUGUCGUUCCAUUUGUAUCAAUGUCCAUUUCUUCCUCAAUUUUUGUGGCAAUGUGUUAACAUGUGUAAGUUAGUACACAUUGCUGUAUUAUGGUUAGAAGUUGGAUUUAGGUAUAAUGUGCCAGUGUGUGUACAUAGCAGACGACUAUAAUACAUUAACAUUAAUGAGGUCAUCUACCUUGUUUUACUUGCAAACAGAUGCUCCAACGCUUUCAAAUAGCAUAUAACAUACAGCCAGCUACAUAGUUCUUGGGCAUAUUGGUGUACUGCAAAAUGUUAAAUUGUUAUUUGAAUGUUAGUCAUGAAUGAAAACUCAAAAGCCCUGAUGCUCCAUGAAAUCGGAUAAUUGAAACAGCUGAAUGUUUCAUGAAAGACUUACUCAUGUCCUCAUCAAGGCACAGCUCAAAAUAGCACACACUUUAGGUCUCGUUUGUGAUAUCCAACAAGGACCUCACGAUGAAGUUGUUUGAACAUCGAAGUAAUAUCACACCAAGGUCCGUGCCUCACCAUAAAAAUAGUACACACAAACACACACACACACACCAAGGUUAUCAGUUGAGUUUCUUCAAGCCAUUUAUCUUUAUAAGAGCCAAUAGCUCUUUUUGUUUUGAAACUAAAUAUAAUGUUUUGUUAGGUUUGGGUAAGAUUUCACAAUGUUCUUUUGUUUUUGUUAGUGAUGUAGACAACUGUCUUUUUCAUACUGGCUUUUCGUCACGAUAUGGCUGAAAUAUUGCCGAUGUGACGUUAAAUAUUAACUCACUCACUCAUACUGGCUUUAGACCGCAAAGACCACUUUACUGUUUUUACGUAUUAGGAUACCUUGUUUCCAACUGAUGCAAUUCAGAAACUGUUUUGUAUGGUUCUUCAGGGUUUUUUUUUUUUAAUGUUACUUUGUUGACAUCUCUGUCAUCCCUUAAUUUAAAAAAAAAUGUUUACAUAAAAUUAAACCUUCAGCAAUAAAUUCUUUUCUUAUUUUACUGUCCAUGAAGAUUUCAGCAAUCUAAAAAUUGAUAUUUUUAUUUUACCUGCAGAUUUCUUUAUGAACAUGAUGAAAUAACUUUCAAAAUGUGUUGAGAUUUUCGACCAUUGACUCUGAGAAAAAAACAAAAUAACUGCCUUAAAUAUAAGAGGAGUGACAGUAAGUAUCACCAUAUGUGUGCAUAACGAUAUGUUUAACACAAUAGGCUCUUAUUGAGAGAAAUGACUGAUCUGAAAGGUGAUUUUACCAAAUUUCAUCAUGAAAAGUUGCAUAUCUAUUCCAGAAUAGCCUGUUGUCAUGGUUUUGAUAGACAGGAUUUUUAUGUGAUGACAUAAAACUUCAUGAUGCCUUUUUUCUGUAUUUAACUGGAUUGUAUGGAAAUUAUCAAUAUUUUGUAUUAUACUCGCGUGAUAAUGUUUUCAAAUAGUGUCCCAUCCCUGCCAUUGAGGUAAAUCAGGAAUGGUUAGCUGGCCUAAAGGGACAACGUUUUGCUUUUUGUCAUAAUGGAGAAACUCCAAUUUUUAUAUAUUUUUAGAACUUGUUUAAGGAUUUUCAUUUGAAAUAAAACAAAUUUAUCAAGA